UCACUCCUCCUGCUGCUGGCCAGAACUCUGGCUCUUCCCCUACGGCUAUCAUUGUAGACAGACUGAUCUCUCCUGGGUUGAGUCGAAGCCGCAAUCAGUCAACCCAGUCAGUUGCCAUAGUCAAUCGCUGUCUCUGUCUCUGUUUCUGUGCAUGAAAAAUGCUGCAACUCUGGCGUAAAGACGGUGAGAGGCAUAAGCCCGGGUUGAACCCCCCUCGUUACUAUCAAUCAGCACAACCGAGAGAAUCCAUCCGUACACCAGGGAUGCGCCUCUGCCGUCGUAGCCGGGAAAUUGAAAGUGAGAGUCUAGAUCCCGCCACCCCACACUCCAUCCGAGAUGAAAUAUUCCCGAGAACAAAGCCCCUCCCCCCCUCGAAGCACGGAAAUCUUGCAACUUGCUGCGAACAUCUCCCGCCCGAACCAGGGGCCAAUGGAUCAGCACCUAGUUUCAGAUUGACGAGGGCAAUAUACUACUACACGUAUGGUCCGGUGUUUACAGAGAACGUGUCUGGCUGGCUUUGCCUGUCUCUCCUUAUUAGACGCCCCUUCUUCCCCACGGAAACUUCAUCAAAUGGUCUCGGCAAAGAGAAGAGAGAGUACCUUGUUAAUACCAGAAUGUAGAUAAUAGCAGAACUUCCGCCGUUAAAAGAGACAUGCCUCGCUCGUCCUCCCCGUAGUCGUCCCAGCAAUCCCAUCGAGCCAGUUUGUCUCCUACAGUCCCUACCGACCGACCGACCGACCGCCGCAAUGCACGCCUCCCGCUUCCUAACCCCGGCCGUCCUUGCUGCCGCCGCCGCUACCACCGCCGCCGCCGCCGCCGCCGAAAAGACCUUUUGCGGCGCUCCCAACGCCUUCGAGGUCCUCAUGGGCACGCCCUGGAUCGUCUACUCGAUGAACUACAACUACCGGUCCAUCGCCGGCUCCGCCUGCACCGGCUACUCGGGCACCUCGGGCGCCGCCGGCGACGCCCAGCGGAUCCAGUGGAGCAGCAUCUGGGACAUUGACCCGGCCGUCAACACGGACGUCGUCAAGGGCUACUCGUUCGUCGGCCUGACGCAGAAUCUCGAGACCCGGCUCGCCGACAUCCGGAGCAUCCCGAGCACCUACACCUGGACCGUCUCCAACUCGUCCGCCUACAAGGGCAACGUCGUCUACGACUUCAUGACCUCCGACACCAAGGGCGACAGCACCUCCAGCGACGCCCAGGAACUCAUGCUCUGGCUCCGCUGGGAGGGCGGCCAGGUGCCCAUCGGCUGGGCCGAGGGCCCGACGGCGACCAUCGACGGGCUCUUUGGCAAGGACGGCUGGAAACUGUACCAGGGGAAGAACACGGACACGGGCAUCACCGUGUCCUCGCUGCUGGCGCCCGAGGCCGGCCAGUUCGGCGACCUCGAGGGGGGCUCGUUCGAGGGCGACAUCAAGGACUGGCUCGUGGCGCUGGCGAGGCACGGCAUCUUCUCCGAGAGCACCUACGUCAACGUGGGCAACGCCGGCCAGGAGCCGUACUGGGGCACCGUGACGUUCAACAACACGCUUGGCCUGAACAUCAACCUCUGAGCUUGCUGGUUUGUGCUCUAGGGUUCUUUACUCUUGUACAAGUUUUACAUUGUUCUAUUGGAUAAAUGAUCUUGAUCUUUACCUUGACUAAGUAGAUAUUAUGCCGUGAUGGGUACAGUUUACCCUACGUAAGCCAAGACACAGCAACUCGGUGCCCAUUUUCCCGCCGUCAUCACAAUAUAUAUGCAUAGUCUAGGCUCUCGUCGUCACCCA